CAAUUGAUGUGCCGUAAUAGAUGACAUUACCUACAUGAAGUUAAUUGACCAUUGAGUGAUCGACCUAAUUCCCAUGGGGCUGAAAGGCGCAACCGAUUGCUGAUACAAUACGAUACGAUACGAUACCACAUCAUCGCAUCCAUCAAAACAAACAACACAAUGCCUAGCCCUAUCAAGGAGUCGCUCCCCUCCCUACCGCCGCCCGCGGCGACGACACUACAUGCACCGCCGUCUCCAGGAACUCAUCGUGCUCUGCGGAAACUGCAUUCGGCGCACAAUCUCGGCGCCAAAGCAUACAAUCUCGGCGGUGGCCCCUCACUCAUCUCCCAGCAACGCCUGCAACAGCAACAGCAACAGAGGACUACCCAGAGGUCGCUGUCGCCGACGCGUAGAAACGUUAGUAACAGCUAUGCCAAUCCGACCGCCGCCAGCGUGAGCAGGAUCAACGACAACAAUACGAUUAGGAUCGAUCCCCAGCAACAUUCCCGAAAGCCCAGCUCCGGUCGUUCGCCUCAACGUGGCCGCACCCACGGCGAUGCCCCCGUCUUACAACAACAGACCGCUGCGGGUGCCGUUGCCGCCGUCAAGGGGCGACGGCCUGGCCUUCCAAGACGCUCCGCGGUGGCUGAUGAGCUGUCUCUGGAACGAUUGAUACCUCAUGGUCCUCCGGAUGGGGAUGUUGCCAGCGCCAUAGAGAGCAUGCGGUACAGAGUCCUUCACGACGGUAUCAAGUCCAAUACUGAGGGCAUGUCCCAACUCCGCAUCUAUGUCUGGCUCAUCAUGCUCGACUGCCCAGUUCUAGAAACGGACGCAUAUCUUGACCUCAUCCACCGCGGCGCAUCACCUGCCUACUCCAAGAUUCGCAACGACACAUUCCGUACCUUGACAACCGACCCACUGUUCCGCCGCCGCGUUUCAGAGGCAUCCCUCAUCCGCCUGCUCAACGCCGUAGCCUGGAAGCUGCACGAUUCGCGCGAGAUCCGCCAGUCGUCCGGCCGCCAGUCGCUGCCUCAUCUGCCCGAGUCGCCGGCGCGGCCUCGCACGGCCACCAAUGACACGCCAGCCUCGUCGCCCGCGGUCAAGAACCGCGCGCGAGCCCUGACCCUCACCACCGAGGGCUCCGACGCUGGUGCAGGAGAGUCGGGCACCUACGUCCAGGGCAUGAAUGUGCUGGCGGCACCGUUCCUGUACGCGGCACGGUCCGAGGCCGAGGCAUUUGUCGCCUUCCACCAGCUGCUCACCCAGGAGCUGCCGGGUUACAUCAGGGGUGCCAUGGACGGCGUGCACAAGGGCCUGCGCCUCGUCGACAAGGUCCUCGCCAUCGUUGACGAGAAGCUCAGCAAAUACCUCAUGGUAAAGGGCCUCUCGGCAGAGAUUUACGCCUUCCCCAGCGUUCUGACGCUGUGUGCCUGCACGCCGCCGCUGCCGGAGGUGCUGCAGCUGUGGGAUUUCCUGUUUGCCUACGGGCCUGGGUUGAAUAUCUUGUGUAUUGUGGCCCAGUUGAUGUUGAUUCGGAGCCAGAUUAUGGCGAGUCCAAGCCCCAACAAGCUUCUCAGAUCCUUCCCGGCCUUGCAGGCAGAUAAGAUCAAGACAUUGACGCUUUUCAUUGCUAAGAACAUCCCGGACGACGUCUACGCUGAGAUCAUCAACCACGCCAGGUGAUUUGGUCGUUUUCUUUUUCCUGUUUGGUUUUCAUUUGUCAGAGCGGGCGGCGGGUUACCUUGCCUUUCUUGCUCAAGGCAUAGAGAAUCUGUAACAUCUCCUUUGUUUUUUUCUUUUUUCUAUUUUUAUGACAUUAUGAUGAUCAUGAUUCGGACUUGGUUUUGGAGGGAAAGUGUGAAUUGCGUCAGUCUUUUGCCUGGCAUUUUAAUUAUAGCUUUCUCUUAACUCAUUGGGGAAGUAUAAUAUAGGUUAUGCUAGUCUAGAAAAGCAUAUUCCGUUAGCAUUUUACAACUAAA